CUGGCUGCGCGCAAGUGUGUCUCUAUUUGAAAACAUUCGCGCAUUGAUAAAACAAGUGUUGUGAAUAAAAAUACGUCUUGGUUCAGCAGACCACAAGCUCGAUGGAAUAUGACUUCAGGAAAAUCGAGAAACUCUGCUCACUGACCGCUUAGAACAAUUAACGAUGGAGCAAUGCAAUAACGAUCGUCCCUGUGUUAUUAGUAGUGGAAACUUUUUUCCCCAGAAUUCCAAAUCGAAACAACAGCAACAACAUCAACAGCACACGCAGGCAAUCAGUAAACAUCUAACGCAAAAGGAUGACAGUCACUUGCACAGCCCGCACCAAGAUCAGUCGUCGCUCGGCGAGAUCGAGGUGAUUCUGGUGCAGCAGCACAAACAGGACGCGUUGUCUGUGAUCAUCCAUCCGCAGGAGAGUUUGCAGCAAAUCAACAUGUGCCUGGGCAGCCAGAACCCGGGCUCGGUCGACUCGAUGAUGUCGUCAGACUUUCAAACGCUCUCGCCAAUGCACGAUCGUGAUUCGCCGGUCAGCCUCAACACAAACACCUCGUACGCGACGCUGACGCCACUGCAGCCACUGCCCCCGAUCUCGACGAUGUCCGACAAAUUCGCCUACUCGAUCGGUGGCAACAUCUGCGAGGCGUUUCCCGGCAUCAACAGCGGCUCGGUCGGCGUGAACAUCGAGAUCAACUCGUGCUACAACCUGGAGAAGCUGGGCGUGAUCCACUCGCCCGUGCACAUCAACUCGGUACAGGAGCUGUCGCCGAGCAACGACGUGCACCAGGAGCUGCACGACAAAAGCCAUCACGUCCUGAAGGACGCCAAGUUGCCCGAUCAUCUCACCGAUAAGGACGACGAUGACCGGAAAAGCGAGUGUAUUCUAGUCCGUGCCUCGCCGCUACCCGCCAACCUCGGUGCGGUGGACGAUCGAUUCCUCAGCUCGGCCGCGUCCGUCGCGUCGCUGGUGCGACACGCGAAGGACGACACCGAGCAGUAUCCGAGCCCCGUACAAUAUCUCGAGCAGCAACCUAACGGAACCGACGUGGUACUGCACGGGGGCAGCAGCGUCGGUGUCGGUGCCGGUAGUGGUAGCAACGGAACUGGUCCGGGUGGCGGAGGCGGCGACGGUGGAGGGAGCGGCGUGGGUGCCGGCCACAAGGAUCAUCAUCAUGUGUUUCUUAGCAAGUCUUUCAGUUCAAAAACCAACAUAAGCGACCUUAAUCUGUGUAAAGAGAUUGUUAUUGACGACGUGUACGAUGAGUCGGACCUGGAACACGUCAAGAUGGAAGAGAAGAAGGUAGAGGAAUCGUGCAAUCAGCAGCUAACCAACGGGGUUGGCAGUGGUGCCGGUGGUAGCAUCGGCAAGGGAAGCGCGGGCGGGUGCGUGGCACUUGGUGACGUAGGAUGUAUAAACGGUGACAUCGAGGAGAUCAACACCAAAGAGCUGGCUCACCGCAUCAGCUCUGAGCUGAAGCGUUACAGCAUUCCACAGGCAAUCUUCGCGCAACGGGUGCUCUGUCGGUCGCAAGGCACGCUUUCCGACCUGCUGCGGAACCCGAAACCGUGGUCAAAGCUAAAGUCCGGCCGUGAAACGUUCCGUCGGAUGUACAAAUGGAUACAGGAACCGGAAUAUCAGAGAAUGUCUGCACUUAGGCUAGCAGCUACUCAAUCGGCGAAACCAGUUAACUCUAAGAAACCAGAGGAACCCGAAACUCACGUCAUGAUGGGGCACACGAAAAAACCUCGACUAGUGUUUACAGAUCUGCAGAGAAGGACCCUUCAGGCAAUUUUCAAAGAAACUAAGCGGCCUUCCAAGGAGAUGCAAGUAACUAUCGCUCGACAGCUGGGAUUGGAACCGACAACUGUCGGUAACUUCUUCAUGAACGCGCGGAGGCGAUCGAUGGACAAAUGGAAAGACGAAUCCUCGAUGAAGGGCCGAAGCAGUAGUGACAAUGUUAUACUAGAGCACCUGAAGGACGACUCGUCCGACGAGAAUCUGGGCUACGAUAGUGCGUUUGGCUCUGGCGAAGGCCCGCUGGAACACAACUAUCAGCAGCACGUUCUCAACUAAGCAAAAACCUAAAUCAAUUCCCUUAUUUAAAUUAUUAAACUAACUAGAAAAAAAAACAAGAACAACAAAAACAAACAAACAAACUAAAGCAAAGGCAAACACAAACAAAGUCACGACUAAAAUGUAGAGGAGCAACGACCCCCUCGAGUAUUUUUUGCCGUUGGAAAACCCAUAACUUGAAAGGAAAGGUAUGACGAAAAAAAACAAACAAACGGAACACGCGAUAGAAAACAAAGCGGAAAGUUUAGAAAUGAAAUCAGUGCUAGAUAAAGCAAAUCAAACAAGAAGAUAAAAUAAAAACAAGCAGCUAUCUCAUACACACACACACAAACACACACCAGCAUUCUCACGCAUACAACAACAGUACACUUUAAGCUAGAAGUAAUUGCAAAAGAAAACAGCAACAUUACGUAGGAUUAUUGAAUAUAAUUGGAACAACAAGAAAUUAUAUGUAAGGAGCAAAAUCUGAGGAAUGCGUGAAGAAACCCCGGCAGGAUCCGUUAUGAUUUUCCUCCAAAUCGAACUGAGCAACAAAAAAAAAGGAAGAAAUGGAAAGAAAGAAAGAAAAGGGAAAAGGAACUAUACAAAUGGAGCGUUCGGCAAAAGGAAAACCCGUAAGUGUGUGGGUGCUGGCAGACAAAGAAAAUGCUUGUGAGAUACAUACAUUGUUUGAUGUUCUUCUGUUUUCUGUUUUACUUUUUCUGUUCUGUUUGUUGUGGUAGGGCGGGCGGAGCGGCGGCGGGCGCGC